AUGACAAGCAUAAAUUUCGAUGCAGUUUUGCUACCUGAAAACAUUUCAUUUGAUAUUUACAAAAAGUUAAUUUUAUUACUGAAUGAAAAUGAUGAAUGGAGAAAGGUAGCUGAAUAUUUUGGCGUUUUCAGUGAUAAUGACAUACAAUAUAUAUUAAAAAGUUUGGAGCCAGCUGAAAAAUUAAUUUUUGAAUUGGGUUCCAGAUUGUGCACUAUUGAAAUAUUUUGCACUGCCUUAGAAAAAUGUCAGCUAUUCAACAUAUUGUUAUUAUUCAAAACAUAUUUUUGUAUAACAGAACAAAGUGCUCUGCCUGAAGAUUGUAAACUUCAAAUGGUUACAAGGGGAGAAAAAUUUAUUUUAUUCGUAAAAGCAAUCGGAAUUCCUCCUCCUAAGUAUCAAUGGUUCUGCGAUAAUGUUGAACUAAAAGAAAAAAAUGAAUCAACUCUAGUUUUGGAAAAUUUUGGGCCUAAUUCUGAAGGAGAAUAUUACUGUGUAGUAAAUCAGGAAGGUUAUGAGUCAAUUGUAUCUAAUUCAUUUAAUUUAAUAUUAGCACCAGAAAGUCCUGUUAUAUUACUACAACCUAGUAAAGAAGAAAUUUGUUCUGUGGGAUCCUCAGUAUCAUUACUAGUUAAAGCUAAAGGUCAUCCAAAAAUUCAGUAUCAAUGGUAUAAAGGAAAUCAACAAUUAAAUGGUUGUAAUAGCUCUGUUUUGAAUAUUGACAUUACUGAUUUAAGUCAAGAAGGAAAAUAUAGAUGUUACAUACAUAAUUCUGCUGGAGAAGUUUGGUCAAAUGAAACGUUCAUUAAAGUACAUAUUGCUGAAUAUUGUAGACCAUCAGUUAAAAUAGCUUUAUUAAUAUCGAAUCAGUUGUACAACAAUUUAAGCCAUUUAUACAAGCCAGAAAAUGAUGUUAAUACUUUGUCUUGUUUAUUGAAAAAUUUAGGAUUUUUGGUAAUUGCCUUACAAAAUUUAAAUUUAAUCGAAAUGAGAAAUUCUAUUUAUAUGUUUGCUAAAUUGCUUCCUUCCGAUGCUUAUGUGAUAUUUUAUUUUGCCGGUCACGGAUUUGAAAUUCAAGAUAAAUUUAUGUUACCCAUUGACAUUCCUCCAGCAGAAGAGUAUCUUAGGUCCGAUGCCAUUUGCGAAAGGGAAUUAUUGAAAGCUCUUUUCCUCGAAUUGCUUGACAUGUGUUUAAAACCUCCAAUAUCGACAAAAAAAAAAAUUUUUCAAGAAACAUCAAAUUUAUACGAAUACGAAGCGGAUAAUAAUUUGAUACAGGGUUAUUCGACAACAAGUUAUUUAUGCCCAUAUGAAAAAAAAACAGUUGAAAAUGGACUCUACGUUGAAUGUUUAAAAAGAUAUUUAAUGAAAGAAAAAAAUUUUCGUUUCACGGAUCCCUGUCAUCCGAGCUCUGAAAUACAAGAAAAAUUUGACAAACUUUCAUCGCUUCCAAAAAAUUUAUCCCUGAAAUUCGAUAAAAUAAAUAUCGAAUCCCAAGUCACAUUUUCAUUGUAUUUAAACACUUUUUUCAACACGUUAGAAAUAAGUUUAACGAAUUUAAACGAUUAUAGAGUGACUUGUGAAGCUUUAGAGGAAAAAAUUAGUUUUACAUUAAUCAGAAAAGAAGAUGUAAUUAUACACGUUAAAAACGUUCAAAGAUUAAUAAAAGAUAAAAGUCUAACGUUACAUUUGAUGAAAAAUGAUGAAAUCGUUGAUACGGCUUUCAUUGAUGUUGGAAAACCUUUGAUUGCCGUUGCGGAUUUAUGGAAAAAAGAUAAUUUUAACGUCGGAAAUUUAAAAUGA